AUGGCGACGGGGGUUAUGAUGAAGCGGGCUACGCAUCGUGCUGCAGAGCAGGCUCGUCGUGACCGCAUGAAGACUGCCAUGGUUGAUCUGGCAGAGUUUUUGCUGGAUGGCGAGGUUACUUUUGGUAGUGGGACUACUUGUUUUGUUAUUAUGAGGGGGAGAGAUGGUGAGGAUGGGGGGGAGAAGAUGGAUGGCGGUGGUAAUAGUGGGGGUGGGGGUGCCAAGAAAAGUGAGGGUAGCAGUGUACCGGGAGAGAAGAAGACUGUGAAUAAAGCACGGUUAAUAGAGAUGGCGUUGGAGAAGAUGAAGGCGCAAGAGAAGGAGAUUGAGCUGUUGAGGAAAGAGAUUGAAGAUUUGAGGUCGGUAGAUCGGAUGGAUGAGUCGUGA